AUGCGAAUUAAAGUCAAAUUUGGGCUUGGGAGUUUUGAGAAAGGAUCAAAAAUGGCGAUCAAUCCUGCGGACAUCCGUUUAUGUUCGGGGCGGUAUGUAGUAGCCCAAUGUGGGAGUCAGAUGUUUAAAACUUCUGUUGAGAAAACGGUGAACCCGGUCUUUUCAGACACCUUUGAUAUAACUGUAGUCCCCGAACAAAGGCCACUCAUCUUUUUUGAGUAUUACGAAACGCACCCGGUCAAAGCAGAUGAAUACAAAGCAUUUUCAUCGAUUUCACUUGAUGAUGUGUAUCAAUGGAAGAAUAAGCAGAACAACACUGUUGUCGACUUUUCGAAUGGGAGUCGAUUGAAUGUUGUGUUAGUGCGACUUGAUUAA